AUGUUGCGAUUUAUUUUAAUAUUUGCUUUUCUCCGAAAUAUAACGGGUAUGUUUUUGACCUUAGAAUUUGAGUGAUUUUCAAAAAAAAUUCUGAAAAUAAAAUUGAAUUUGUGAUCGAUACUUCAAUUUUUCCGGAAAUUAAAAAUAGAAAUAUAAAUUUGAAUCAAAUGAGAAGAAGAUCUGCUGCUCAAUUUUAAUAUCAAAAUCAAAUAUUAGCCAGGCAAAAAAACGCAGAAUUUUCUUUCGCAGCUCAAUUUCUUUCGCGCGGAACAAUCAAACGUUUCAAGUGGUCAACAAAACAUUCAUCUUUUGCUCUUGUAAAUAUCAUUCCAACCAAUUUUUUUUGAAAAUCUAGUUCAAGGGCAAAGGAAACAAUACUUUAAGAUAUAUAUCAAAAGCGGUUAGAAGUCAGAACAGGCAAGCAGGCAGGGAGUAGAAACAAAAGCCAAGGUCGAACUCUUCCUCAUAACGGUUCAAAGAACUACGUUUGGAAUGUUAGUGGCUAACGUUUUUUUCAGCGAAAGGUAGAAAAAAAAGAAGAACAACGGUUCAAUGAUCAAGAUAAUGGUCACCCUGGAAAUAACUUUUUCAAAUGAAAAAAAAAAGAAAAAAAUGACAUUGAUUUACAGGAAAUGAGACUCCCAAUAUUUCUGGAAAAGUAUGCAUGACAGUUGAGAAUUUGAGACCUGGAGACAAUUCUUCACAAUACUUUGAGUGUGCACCUUUGAGUGAUGAAGAAGUAUCGGGUUUUUCAUUGAGUCAAAAGUAUUUGGGUAUUUGGAAUCUUCGAGAUUGUCCGAAAGAUCAUGAAUUUGAUGAGACAAAGCAAAGAUGUAUUGAGAAGAAGACUUUUAGAAGGUUAGAUUUUCUAGAACAUUUCUGAGCUUAUAUUGUUCUGCAGUUUCAAAACACGCAAAAAAUCGGUGAAAUUUUCGAGUUAGGAAAAUAUAUGAAUUUUAAAUUUUAAUUUGCUUCAUAGUUUCAGAAACUCGUAAACAGACAUAAUCAAAUUCAUAAGAUUUUUGAAGAAAACAAAUUUUGUGUGAAAAAUUGUUUUUUCGAGGGAUUGCUCAUUUUAAUCAGCUUCAGCGUGUUUUGAUUUUUCGAAGUUUUGAGUGCAAGAUGAUGUCUGAAAUUUUCAGCAAUCUAGAAACAUGUUUUUCCAGACAACAAGCCGCGUGCGCUCAAAACUUCCAAGCCACCGGAUGUUCUCUUCCCUGCAAUUCCCCAUCAAGUGUCGCAACUCAAGGAUUGAAUUGUAAUUGGAGAUCAGCCAAUCUUCAACAAGAUCCAGGAAGUUCUUCAUAUUUUUUCCAAUGUGUCCCAACAACUCCAAGUGAAUCAUGCGGUGAAUGGACUCGUAUGGAAUGCUCCAAAAACACUAUAUUUUCUGCUGAUUUGAAUGUUUGUGUUCCAAAAACUAUUCAAAAUGGCUGUGAUAGCUCAACUCAGGCAGCAGUUUGUAAUUGUGCAAAAGUUUCUGGCAGCUGUCCAGGAAGUUCACAAUGUCAAAAUGUGAGUUUUUCAGAGAAAAAAUGAAAUAUUGAUCUGAAAUUUCAGAAUGUUUGCUGUCAAGAAACCGGCAGUCUCAACUUGAACAACCUCAUCCAACAUCAAGCACCAAGUGGGUUAAAAAUAUUUUUUUUUGCAAACAAAAAAUUUUUCAGUCUGCCCUGGAAGUCUUGUUCCACCUCUCGGAUCCUGUAAUGAACCAUGUCCAACUUGUGAGUUCCAUAUACAGUUUCAGAUUUCAAAAAAAAAAAAUUUUAGAUUCUGCAUGUACUCCGGGAAUUGGAUGUUGUCCAGUUCCAGUCAAUGAACAGCCAAAUGGACUCAUCAAAAUUAGUGAGUUUCAAGAAAAAACAUCCCAAAAAAUUUUAAAAAUAAAAUAAAAAUAAAAUUCUCUAGCUCUAUGCCCUGGCUCAUAUUCCCCGCCAUUUGGAACAUGUGGAAGUUGUCCUUCUGGUUCACAAUGUAAUCAGCAACUUCAAAUGUGUUGCGCGCAACAACAACAACCAGACAUUGUCUACAACGUUGUUCUGCUCUGCCCAGACGGAACACCUUCGACUACACCAUGUUCAAAAGGCUGUGCAGCCAAUAACGCCUGUUUCCAAGGGGCGUGUUGUCCAAUCAGAUGUCCAGCCGGGCAGAAUGCUGUGGGUUUUUGUGGCUCAGGAUCUUGUGGACUUGGCCAAUGCUACGCGCAAACCACGUGUUGCCAGGAGGCUGUGAAGUUACCCGUCUGCUCCAAUGGUCAAAUCUCGCAUAAAAGAUGCUCCGUUGCUGCUGAAUGUGGGCCAAACCUUGAAUGCUCUAACAACGGCUGCUGUCCAAUCCCAUUCUGUCCAACUGGUGCGAAAGCUCUUGGAAGAUGUUCAUCAGUUCGAGGUUGCCCGGGUGGUCAAGCUUGUAUGGAAGGUUUAUGCUGUCCACUUCCACGUUGUUCAAAUGGUAUCACUUCCCUUGGAGUUUGCACAAGAACUCUUGAUUGUGGUCGAAUGGGUGUUGAAUGCUCAAACGGAGCUUGUUGCCCACUUCCAACUUGUCCAAACAAUCUUGUCGCUUCUCAAAGAUGCUCAGCGGGUUGCACAAAUUGCUGUCCCAUUGGUCAAUCGUGUAUGAAUGGGGGUUGCUGUGAACUUCCGUCGUGUCCAACUGGCGGUUUUGCUAUCUCAAUGUGUAGUGGAAAUUGUGCAAAUGGAUUUGAAUGUGUGAAUAAUGGAUGUUGUGCUCUACCAAGAUGUCCAAGUGGUUUGAUGUCUGUUCAAAGAUGCACAAUGGGUAUCGGAUGCCCAGCGGGAAAUGUAAGUUUUUUAUGAAAAAACUUCGAUGUAUAUCAGAAGUCUCAUAAUGUAUUUUUUUUAGCAAUGUGAAAACGGUGUUUGCUGUCCGAUGCCAAUGUGUUCAAGCGGUUCGAUCGCCUCAUCAGUCUGUGGAAUGGCUAACGCUUGCCCUCUUGGUUAUAUCUGCGAAGGUCGUGGUUGCUGUCUAGAACCUCUCCCCCUCUGCCCCAACGGUGGACGAGCAUCAAUGCGUUGUUAUCGCGGAGCCGAAUGUCCCCCUGGAUAUGGUUGCACUCCACUUGGCGGAUGUUGUCUUCUCUCAAUGGAACCCGUUUGUCCUUCAAGAUCAAAUGCAGUUUGUCAAUGUUCCCCUAAUAUGGGUUGCCCCAGUGGUUCAUCGUGCACAAUGGGAACUUGUUGCUCAUCUGGUGUUGGUCAAAUGGUUUCUUAUAAUGUUCCUGGAACUGGAUGUCAAAAUUCGAAUCAAUGUAAUGGUUAUUCAAAUAGUUGUGCGCAAUGCGUGCAAGGUGUUUGCUCUUGCGUCAAUGGUGCUGCUUCAAACGGUGCAACUUGCGAGCAAAUGCAGGCAACGAUUCUGACAAUGGCGAGAAAUGGUUGUGAUCAAUAUGGAUCGCCGUGCAAAUUCCUUCUCUCAACCGCCAGAAGACGCCCAAUCUUUGCUCCAACUACGAAUAUGACCGAAACUCCACGUAAGAUUGAUCUUUUUUCUUAAAUUCAUACGUAAAUUAUGAAUUUUCCAGUGUUCUUCAACGUUGCCGCCAAGCGAAAAUGCGUCACAAAUAUUCAAAACUUUGAAUCAGAUUCAACUUGCCUACCAAACGAAAAAUGUAUCGAUGGAGAAUGUCGAAUGUGAGUUUUGACAAUGGGAAAUUAUAAAAUUAUAAAAAUAAGAUUUCAAAAAUUUAUAGGAAACUGUGGCCUGGAGAAUACGGUUGUCAAACUGAUACCGAAUGUCAAUCGAGAUGUCCAAAUACAUAUUGUGAGAAAAAACGAAGUGAUAAAAAUGUGGCACAAUGCCAAUGUACUGACGGCAUGUUGUUAUAUGGAAGAUGCUGUAAGUUAUCCUAUUUUCAGAUUAUCUUGAGAUCCCUAUCAAAUAAAUUGCUUUCAGUCUCUCAAUGUCCACGUGGCUUCCACGAGUCUGGCGCUUUCUGUAUGCAUGACGACGAGGAGAAGUUCUGGCUAGAUGCGGAAGCACAAGACAACUUGAAAGCUCUUCUCAAUUCUGGAAAGUGCUGA